UGAGGGAGUUCGGAACACAGGAAACGCCUGAGCGAAAGGGAAAAACACACAGCUUACUAGUACUGGUGUGUCAGAGAGAACACACACACACACACAAUCAGCCAUACAGUACCAAACAACAAGCUCUCCUCUGCUCUGUUGUUUUUCCCCUUGUCUAACUGGUCUACUGAGGGUGAGAGAGGAUCGUUGUGAGUGACAGCUGUCUGUAGGAGGGGGGUCUGGGAGGAAUGUCACGGCGGGACCAGCGUUUUCGGCGAGGAAUGAAAGGAAGGUGCUGUGAAUGUGGCUGUAUCUUGUCUCAGUGGUACUAUGAGAGGGAGGCUAAGCUCUUCUGUAAGAGACACUACUGGGCCCGCUAUGGGGAGCACUGCCAUGGCUGCAAGGAGGCCAUCACUACAGGGCUCAUCAUGGUUGCUGGAGAACAGAAGUUCCACCCUGAGUGUUUUACCUGUAUGAACUGCGGGAUGUUUAUUGGAGACGGAGACACUUACACGCUUGUGGAACGUUCUAAACUCUACUGUGGUCACUGUUACUGCCAGGGAAGGGGUUCCCCUGUGAAAGGGUUGAGCGGGCCACUGACCAGGAGUCACCACACAGUGGCGCUGGUGUCUCUCCCUCACCCUGUCAUCGGUCGCCGAGGACUGGCUGUGUCUACGGAUCACAGUCAAAAGGAGGGGACGGUUGUCAAGGUGACAGAGUUGGGCGGAGCUCUUCUAACCUCUGACCUGCUUACCUCCAUUCACGUUGGUGACCGGGUCUUAGAAAUAAACGGCACUCCAGUCCGAAAUAUUUCACUGGAUGAGAUACAGCACGUAAUCCAAGACACAGGUCGCCCAGUUCAGCUGACGGUAGAGCACAACCCCUCUACCUCUGGAGAUCCUCUCCCCCCCGCGGUCGCCCAGGACGCCAGCCCCUGCACUGACUCUUGUGUCCAUGACAACCUCAAAAGUUCUCACAAGCUCCCCAGCCUGGAGGAGGAGCCUAACCCGGAGGAGCAGACGGAAGAGCCAAUCAGACUCAGCCGUUCACCGACUCAGGGCCAGGGACUCACGGGAAUGCGCUCCAGACACAUCCUACGUAGCUGCAGUAUAGAUAAGUCCCCCCUUUCUCAGGGUGCUAUGCCGUUGCAGUCUCAGCGGAGGGACAUGGCUCGCUCUGAGUCAUUGCGUGUGGACUCUGUAGAGAAAGCCCACCGAAUCUUCAGAGCCUCGGACCUCAUCCAUGGAGAAGUGCUUGGCAAGGGCUGCUUUGGGCAGGCCAUCAAGGUGACACAUAAGGAGACAGGGGAGGUGAUGGUGAUGAAGGAGCUGAUCCGCUUUGAUGAGGAGACACAGAAGACCUUCCUCAAGGAGGUGAAGGUCAUGAGAUGUCUGGACCACCCCAAUGUUCUUAAGUUCAUCGGGCUACUCUACAAAGAUAAACGUCUGAACUUCAUCUCCGAGUACGUCCAAGCAGGGACUCUACGAGAAACCAUCAAUAAAAUGGACAGUGACUUCCCCUGGAGAGUUAGAGUGAGCUUUGCCAAGGACAUUGCUGCUGGAAUGGCGUACUUACAUUCCAUGAACGUCAUCCACCGUGAUCUCAACUCACACAACUGCCUUGUUAGAGAGAACCAGAGUGUGGUGGUGGCAGACUUUGGCCUGGCCAGGCUGGUGGUGGAGGAGAGGAACCAGGGCAGGGCACCCUCUUUGGGGAGAACUUCAGUAGGGAGAGUGUCUGAGCUCCGUAAGCCAGACCGUAGGAAGAGAUACACUGUGGUUGGAAACCCUUACUGGAUGGCUCCUGAGAUGAUUCAUGGAAAGAGCUAUGAUGAGCGGGUGGAUAUUUUCUCAUUUGGCAUCAUGCUGUGUGAGGUGAUAGGCAGAGUGAGUGCUGACCCAGACUACCUUCCAAGGACCCAAGAUUUUGGUCUAAAUGUCCCAGGUUUUCUGGAGCAGUACCACCACCCUGAGUGCCCCUCUUCCUUCCUACCCCUAGCAGCGCUCUGCUGUGACAUGGAAGCAGAUACACGUCCCUCCUUUGCUAAGCUGGAUGAGUGGCUGGAGAACCUGUUAAUGCACCUGGACAUUGGACUGUCUCUCCUGUCUGAACUGGAGCAGGUACGCCAUGCCUUCUGGCAGCUCUAUGACCGCUCUGACAACCAGGGCCACUACCCAGCCCAAGAGCACAACCUCUCAAAGACCCAGAAAACCUGCAUAAAGCACAGCCACUCCAUGGACAACAACAACUGCUUGGAGCCCCAAAACCACAACAGCUCUCAAAAUCAUGAUCCCAUGCAAAGUGAUUCAGAACUCCAGAACAAUAGACAAAGCCCUGACCACAACCACACUUUGGAUGGAGAAACCAAUGACUCACAAACCAACAGCUCCCAGAAACAACUGCAGUCUAUGAACCAAGACCCUAACCACGACUGUUCAAAAAGCUUUGAACACAACCAUAACCAACCAGUACCAAACACACCACAACAUGGCCCGGUACAACACAUUCUUAGCCCACUGCCAAGCCGAGUCCAUAGACCCAGGAGGGUAUGCCGGGUGGUAUGGGACAGAACCACAGAAGAAAGCUCAUUCCUAUGACUCCAUGAGAGACUUACUUCAAGACUGUGUCAAUUUUUGGUUUAAAUUCACACAAUGAUGGCUUUGAACUCUGAUACUUUCUUAAUAAUGUUAUCUACAUCAACACAGUAGCUAGAUGUGUCAUAAUUUAAGGCUAUACAGACUUUCAUUAACUUUACUGUGUUUAUAUGGAAAUUUACAUAAAGCUGUGAACGAUUAUAUUUCAUAUUAUUUGCCAAUAUUUUUCAACUGGGCUUUAGCUUUUUUCGUGUCUUUGUUUUUUUAUGAUGUAUGUAAGCUAUAAGACAUUUAAAUUAAAUCUGAGUUUUGUUUGAUCAAAUUGAAAA